GGAGGGCAAAGUGGCAUGUUGUUGCCACUGCUGGAUGGGGAGAGGGGCCGAGAUCUUGGUUUGGUGGUUUGGAUGCUUUGGGGCGAACUUGAUCUUUGGGUUGAAUGGAGGUCUGGAUCAGGAUCUUGAGGGGAGUUUGAGUGAUGGAUUGAGAUUAGACUCGGAGUGCGCGAGGGACUGCAAGUGCCGGGAACGUUUGGGUUGUGGGGUUAGGUGGGACGCGAUGAUGAGCUUGAGGAGAGAUACUUGCUUCUGUCUAUAGCUUGGCCGUUAAGGAGUUGUGUCUUGUUUGAAGAGGAG